AUGCACGACGGAGAUGGCAAUAUUGAACUCAUCAUUGGCCCCAUGUUCGCUGGUAAAACAACAGAACUGAUGAGACGUGUCCAGCGACACAAACACGCCCAAAGAUCAUGUUAUAUCAUCAACUAUUCACGAAACAGUUACCAAAAUCAGCGACUGUCAACUCACGACCAGCUUUCACUGACUGCCAAUGUGUCCAUCGCAAAACUUAGUGAAGUGUGUGAUGAAUGGCGUGACUACGACGUCAUUGCUGUUGACAAUGGCCAAUUCUUCCCUGAUGUUGUGGGUUUCUGUGCACGCGCAGCCAAUGAGGGGAAGACUGUCAUUGUGUCAGCACUCGAUGUAGACUGCCGAGAAACUCCUUUUGAUGAGGUUUGCCGUCUUGUUCCCCGUGCAGAAUCAGUGUUGAAACUCAGUGCCGUAUGCAUGGAAUGUCAUGAGCACGAUGCUUUCUUAACGUAUCGCACCAUCGAGAGCAACGAGCGUGAACUAUAUGGUGGAGCCGACAUGUACUUGGCUGUGUGCAGGUGGUGUUACAAACAACUUACCAUGAGCCACGUUGAUGCGCAGAAGACAUCUGCUUCCACAGCUGCAGUUGUGCCAAAUGGUGCACACGGUCGCAUUGAACUCAUCAUUGGCCCCAUGUUCGCUGGUAAAACAACAGAACUGAUGAGACGUGUCCAGCGACACAAGCACGCUCAAAGAUCAUGUUAUAUCAUCAAGUACACUGGGGACACACGCUACAGUGAAGGUGCUAUAACUUCUCACGACCAGCGUGCACUGACUGCCAAUGUGUCGGUCUCUAAUUUACAUGACGUGGGUGAUGAGUGGCGUAAAUACGAUGUGAUCGCGGUGGAUGAGGGCCAAUUUUUUCCUGGUGUGGCCGCGUUCUGUUCCAAGGCUGCCGAUUCGGGGAAGGUUGUAAUUGUGUCAGCACUUGAUGCCGAUUACCUACAAGAGCCAUUUGAAGAAAUUUGCCUUCUUGUUUCCCGUGCUGAUUCUGUUGUGAAACUUAGUGCCGUGUGUAUGGAGUGUCACAAUCGCAAAGCAUCUUUUACAUAUCGUACUGUGAAGAGUGAUGAGCGCAAACUUGUCGGUGGCAGUGAUAUGUACAUGUCAGUUUGCAGAUCAUGUUACGAAACUAAAAGGAAUAUGGUGCAAACUGAAAAGUACAUUUACAGUUGUGUUGGGAUCAAUGAAGGGAGUUACUCGGAAUGUUCCCCCGGGCCAAGCGAGCGCAGUUCAGCAGGAACCUCCGGCGUCCAAACUUCCGUCAAGGUGGAUGAGCAGAACUGCACUGAACCGAACACAGAAGCUAAAAAAAUGCCUCUGAAGAGAAAAAGAAAUCAAAUGGCCGUUGAUACUACUUAG